UCGGCCCCGGCAAGAUGGCGGCCCCCUUGGAACUCAGUUGCUGGGGAGGUGGCUGGGGGCUCCCAUCGGUGCACAGCGAGUCCCUGGUGGUGAUGGCUUACGCCAAAUUUUCUGGUGCACCCUUGAAAGUCAAAGUCAUAGAUAACACCUGGAGAGGUUCAAGAGGAGAUGUACCAAUUUUGACAACUGAAGACAACAUCGUUUCUCAGCCUGCAAAAAUACUAAACUUUUUAAGAAAACAGAAAUAUAAUGCUGAUUAUGAGCUCUCAGCAAAACAGGGGGCAGAUACACUGGCUUACAUUGCUCUCAUCGAAGAGAAGCUUCUUCCUGCAGUGCUUCACACAUUCUGGGUUGAGAGUGACAAUUACUUUAGUGUGACAAGGCCGUGGUUUGCUUCACGAAUUCCUUUUCCCUUGAGUUUGAUCCUGCCUGGAAGGAUGUCUAAGGGAGCACUAAAUAGAAUUCUUCUGACCAGAGGAGAGCCUCCCCUUUACCACCUCCGAGAAGUGGAAGCUCAGAUAUACAGAGAUGCCAAGGAGUGCCUAAAUCUUCUGUCGAACAGAUUGGGAACAUCUCAGUUUUUCUUUGGAGAUACGCCGUCUACCUUGGAUGCAUAUGUGUUUGGUUUCCUCGCGCCCCUUUAUAAAGUACGCUUUCCUAAAGGUCAGUUACAAGGACAUUUGCAACGGCUCUCCAACCUGUGCCGCUUCUGUGACGACAUCCUGCACAGUUAUUUUAGGCUUAGUCUUGGAGGCAUCUCUCCUGCUGGACAAGAAACAGUAGACGCAAAUCUGCAGAAACUCACCCAACUUGUAAAUAAGGAAUCCAACUUGAUUGAAAAGAUGGAUGACAAUCUUCGCCAAAGCCCUCAACUUCCUCCCCGGAAACUGCCAACACUUAAAUUGACUCCAGCAGAAGAAGAAAGUAAUUCCUUACAACGGCUAUCACCCUGACAGUCAUCACGCUUUGUGUCCGAAGUCAUGAUUGUUGCAGUCAUCUCUUACACUACGUGUGUGAAGGCAAAAAGAAAACGCCAUUAGUAGGUAUAAGGAAGGCUCUAAAAAGAAACUUUCUAUGACAUCUAGGUUCUCUUAAUUAGCAAGCUUGUAUUUUAGCUUGGCAGGGCACUUUAGAUCACAUCAGAGUGAAUGCUAAAUGAACUUGGGGGUAAAAAACCACAUUGUACUGUAUAUUUAAAAGAAAAAAACAAAAAAACAAAGAACCCUGCCUUAAUCUCGGCAGAUUUUUGCCUUUAGUUCACAUGUUGCUGACCAAAAGCUACAAUUCUGUUCUGAAUGUGCACUCUUAUUUAUUCAAGUUAAUUUAUUUAGUUUUCUUAGAACAGUUUGAAUAUCUAAUAUGUGGCUCUUUGAGGCUUUUUUUCUUCUGUUUAGAAAUUUGAUGCCAAUUUUAGACAUUAGGAAAAAUGUAAUAUUUUAGUAUUCUAUUUACUUCAGUAGAAAAGCCUGUAUUUAAACAGCAACGAGGAGUGUGCUUAAUUAUGCUCUCAGAAGUGUAAUCUUUUGGAGGAUCAGUACUAUAUAUAUAUAUAUGUCUGAGAUAUAUAUAUGUAUCAAAGGUGGUUACAUAUAAUAUUCAUCUGACUAUAUGCACUUCACUAGAACAUUGGUAUUUGCUGAUGUGUUCAAUAUAAGGCUAGCAAGGACUCUUAGUUUAUCGGACCAAUGGCAGCUUUAGACCUAUGUAUUUGUAUUACAUUUUUAACUCUAGUCCUCUCUUUCUUGGAUUAAUUUCAGGAGAACUGAGUAUGUUGUUCAUCACUUAUUAUGCCAGGCUGUAAAGUCUUACUGAAAUUUGCCCAAUUGUCAGACACUACUCGGCUACAGUAAUAGAAAUACCUACUAUGUGCCUGGACCAAGUUCAUCAUGCUUGGACCAGUGUUCUUUCUUAAGAAGACUGUCACAUAGUCAAAAGCUUUAUGGCAACUUAUUAUUUUCCAUAUAGUUUAACUACAGUUUAAGGAUCUAAUGGAAUAUUCAGAAAUAGUGGUAGUUUUUAAAGAAUAUUUUCUAUUUAUUGGUUGCCGACCUGUUAAAGGAUUUGCUGUGCAGGUGAUUUUACUUAAAACAGAAUCUCUCUAAUUUUAGUGGCUGAGGUGCUUCUGUUGUCCUAAAACCACUUCUGGGGUUUUUAAAAUAUAGGAUCAUGUUUUUGAUUAGUGUCUCAAAAGAUUACUAUGGUGCUCAGCAAAUCUUAUCACGUCGUGCAGAAACCCCCAUGUUAAGAAAACAGCUUUGUAGUCAAGAGACUCACCUAAUUUGAGCUCAGUGGAGCUCAGCUGUGUUUGACCUAAAUCCUCCCAAUUUGUUCUGUAUUUAGGUAGCUGUGGAUGCAGGAGUCUUUAAGUCAUUGUAAAUAUUUUUUCUUGGAAGUUUUAAUUAAAUGAGAAACAAGGUAGUCUUCAAAAUCUUGUUCAUCUGUUUGGAUGUAUUUAGGGAAAGUAACUAAUGAGUUUCACAUUAUGUCUGCAGUGGGUUUGUGUGUUUUAUAUUAAUAUCCUAUUAGAUUCCAGCAAUCCAAAAUCUGUAUGAAUAUUCUAUACUGAAAAUCAUGACCAUAGGACUUUAUCGUCCUCUGGGUUUGAUAUAUAUUGGAGAAGGGUGGUCAACACAUUAAUCAGACAUCUGUUUAUGCUUUAGUUAGGGUUGGUCAUUUUCAAUUAUGACUUAUAUUAAGCCUUCCAAGAAGGAUUUGAAGUGGUUUAAAAUUGUCAAACAUAAAUAAAACAGGACAAUUAAAAUUAGUUUUGGGAAAAAUAAAAAAUGGGGGAGAAAGAGCUAUACCAACCCUAACAGAUUCUAAAAUCAAACGGUAAAUUUAACUCCCAGGUUUCUCCAUGGGCACAAAAAUAAUACUGGCUUAUGUAAAGUUUUCUGUCAAUAAAAUGACUAAUAUCCAUGCUAAGGAAAAUGUGUUUAAAUUUUUAUAAGAAUGUAGAGAUCGUGUUCUUAUGACACAGAAUUCAGCCAGUAAGUGUACUGUAAACGUUUCACGUGUUGAAAGUUUAAUCAAAAGAUAGCAUUUUAGAAUAACAGAUUUGUCAUUUUUUAGUAGAAAAGACAGCUGUAAAUAUGACUUCCUUCCUUUUGGUCAUUCCUGCUUUGAAUUGCCUUUAGCCUUGCACUACAGACGCUAGGAUGUUUCCAGACUACCUUUCCUAAGAUGCAAAAUGUGAUUUAGGUAAAGUGAGUGUUUAUACGUUGGGCUACUUAGUUGAGCAUUUUUGGGAUAAGCCAACAAGAUGCCAGGAAACUAUAACUGAGCUUAAAGCACUCCAGGGAUGACACACAGCUAGGAAGCUCUUAGAAAGGAACAACUUUCCAGAUUGGGCAGUGAGCUUGUGAUCAGCCUGUCAGGAUAUGCUUUGGGUAAAGUUUGAGUUUCUGAGAUAAAUGGUCCACAGUGUUUAACAAAAUACUGUGAGCUACUUUCUUUAGGACGUGAUGGUGGAAUAUGACCAA